UGCGCUUCCGUAGUCAUUUUAGUGGAAGAAUGGCCGGCUGGAUGUGGCUCCGCUGUGUUGUAGGGCCUCAUCUGCAACGAAUUCACCGUUCCCCGGAACAGUCUCGACCUGAAGGCAGGUCGGGGAGGAGGGGAUGGAACUACCAAGCAAGGAGUCUGGAAAAACACACACACAGCAUUCUUGGUUGGGCAUCAGCAUUGUGGUCCCUGUCCUACUACAGCUCUCCUCUUCUCCUCUGCUAUCUUUAUAGGAAAGGCUAUAUCUGCAGCAGCAAGUUGGUUCCAGUGAGUCAAUAUGUGGGAACUGUGCUGGUGUGUCUUCUAGGAGUAGCCUGUCUUAGAGGGUGGGGGAGGUGGAAGAACUCUGAGUAUCUUCAGUUCAUCUCAAUCCUUGAGGAAACAAAGACAAAUCACACACCAGCAAACAAGAAAAAGCUGAGGUGCUAUGACUUUGACUUCGCAUCUUGGCCUUCGGAUUUCAGCUGGACAGAAGUCAGCAGUCCGAAACUGUCCAAGGGUGGUGUUUCUCUGCUGAAGCCAGAACCCAGAUUAAGAGGAGCAGCAGAUAGUGUCCUCAACUCUGUGCGCACUUUACCAUGCCACAUCAUCAGUUUCCUUAUUGCCCAUUCUUUUGGGAGGAGGAUGCUGUACCCUGGGUCUGUGGGUUUACUGCAGAAAGCAAUGAGACCCAUGCUGCAGCAAGGCCAGGCUAGACUAAUAGAAGAGUUUGAUGGUCAAAGGAACAAACUGGUGGCCUGCGACGGUAACAACAUUGACACAAUGUUUGUGGAUCGAAGGAGAGAUGGGGGACAGAAUGGCCAGACUCUGGUCAUCUGCUGUGAAGGGAAUGCAGGCUUCUAUGAGGUGGGAUGCAUGAACACUCCACUGGAGGGUGGCUACUCUGUACUUGGCUGGAAUCACCCCGGCUUUGGAGGCAGUACGGGAGUGCCGUUUCCGCAGAAUGAGGCCAAUGCUAUGGAUGUGGUGAUUCAGUUUGCUAUACACAAACUGGGCUUUCAGCUUACUGACAUUGUCAUAUAUGCCUGGUCCAUAGGAGGAUUCACAGCCACUUGGGCAGUGAUGUCAUACCCAGAGAUCCAGUCAAUAGUGCUGGAUGCCUCUUUUGAUGACCUUUUGCCUCUGGCCCUCAAGGUCAUGCCUGACAGCUGGAGACCGUUGGUACAGCACACGGUCAGGCAAUACAUGAACCUCAACAAUGCAGAGCAGCUUCUCAAAUACCAGGGACCAGUCCUGCUGAUCAGGAGAACAAGAGAUGAGAUCAUUACCACAACAGGUCCAGAGGACAUCAUGUCUAACAGAGGCAACAACCUCUUGCUCAAACUGCUGCAAUUCAGGUACCCCAAAAUAAUGACAGAUGAAGGGGUCCGAGUUGUUAGACAAUGGCUAGGAGCCUCCAGUCACUUAGAAGAAAUGUCUGUAUACAGCGGCUAUGAGGUGGAUGAUGACUGGUGUACCUCUGUGCUGCAGUCCUAUCAGGCAGACAGAGAUGUGUUGUUUCCAUGGAGCGUUGGUGAAGAUAUGACUGUAGAGGGAAGGCGGCAGCUGGCUCUUUUCUUGGCACGGAAGUACAUGCAAAACUUUGACACAACGCACUGCACUCCUCUCCCUGCCACCGAGUUCCACUCACCCUGGAGGCUGUAAAGAAAGAGGAGGGAUAAUGGGAGGCAUGGAUGAGGGGACAUCACAAGCAGAGGAUUUGGAUUUGCGUGUGGUCCGAGAGUGUUCCUGGCAUGGUGUGAAUGUACUACUGUGAUUUUGAUAUUUUUCUAAGGCAGAUUUUGUCGUCACGUACAGUGUUGCUGCAGUGGCAUCUGGAAAGCUCCGGUCCCCCUCCCUGCCGGAUACUUGUAAGAUAUGGUACAUCUUUUGUGUUACAGUCAUUGUUUAGUCAUACUUUUAAGUGUCUCCCCUUAAAGGAUGCAUUCUUUUGUUGAUGCACAAGCCAUUACUCGUUGCUUCCAUUUGCCUCUCUUUGGCUGUAUUUGUAAAGCAACUGUAAGUAGAAUUAUAUUGCAACAGUUUAACCAAUUAAAAAAUAUAUAUAUAUAUCCUAAUGUUGUCAGAAGAAUGUUAAUCUUUAAAAAUGCAGCCAAAAUGUUGGUUUCAGGUUAUUUUCUGUGGGCAGUGUUUUUGAAAAAAAAAAAAAAAAAAACUGUAUCCUAAAAUGAUGGUCUUGAGUGUCCUAUUAAACAUGCUGAAUAAAAAUUCAACAGAAGGGA